AUGUCAACUGUUCGUCAAUCAAUGCGUCUUGCUAAAAAGCGAGCAACUGUUAAUAGUGGUGAUCGAAAACAAUCAAAAUUGAUUGCAAAUCAACAAGAAAAAGAAAUUGAACAACAUAGUAGUCAACGAUCAUACAGUAGAAGACGUAUAACAGUAAAGAAAGAGAAGAAAAAAGAACAUGUUGAUGAUGAGACAAUAGAUAAAUCAGAUUCUAUAGUUAUUAUUAAUCGUGCUCCAGUUUUAACUCUUUGGUCAGCCUUAGUAGCAAAAAAACUCUACGAUAUACGAUGGGAGAAUGCACUGACUAUUGGACGACGAUUAGCCGGACUGUUAGCACAAUCAAAGGGACGCUCGAUUGGAAUAUUUGAACCAAAAGAACCUAUAAAUGAAGAAACACAACCAAGAAAGAAAAGGAAACAAAAUGAUAAAACACUAAAAGUAUUGGGUAUCAAUGUUCCUAUUAAAGAUACAGUCAAUGGUCCAAUGGCUGUGAAUUAUGAUAAAUUAGUUUCAACUAAACAAGCUGAAACAUAUAUCAGUAAUGCCUUCCAAGAACAAUUAGAUAAUACAAUACAAGCUAUGGAAAAAUUGAUUGAAGCUUGUUCAAAAAACGGCGAUGAACUUCAACGUGAUGCCUAUCAGUUGUAUGAAGAAUUUCGUCCAGAGGUGGCUACCGGUAAAAAAGGAUGGGGUAAAAAAGGCAUAUUGGACUUAAAUAAAAUUAUAGACUUAACUCAUCGCACAAGAAAAUAG